AUGUCUGUUCGUUACCAACCAGAAAAAACUGAUACUGUUGAGUGUCCUCCAUAUAAAGCAUUGCAGGUAAAGGUCCCAACAGAAAAACCUGAAGAGUCAUAUUCUGAACAGAGAGGGACAGAAGGGCAGUCAGACAUCACAACUGAAAAUUGUGAACUGAGGAUUGCUCAUGACCUGCCAAAAUCAGGAUAUUCAGGCUACAUGCCUAGACAUGUAGCAAAUAUUCCACUUUGCAAACCAAAAUAUCCUGUUACAGAUGUACGGGUCUCUGUAAGCCAAGCUGUGACAAUGAGAACUGGAUCAAAAGAAAUCUGUUGAUUACUUGCCAGUAAGAACAUGCACAGGAUAAAUAUUGAUACUAUUUUCACAGUGAAAUAAAUGUCGAAAGCUUUUACAAAAUCU